GCAAGAACAAGACAAACAGCGGAUGAUGGAGCAAGACGAGCACCACCACAGCCACGAUGUGGACCAGUGGAUAGCGAUGGGAAUGGAGUUUGAGCAGCUGCCGCCAGACGUUCGCAGGCGAUUCGGCACAAAGACCGAGUGGAAGAAAGCCGCAUUGGAAUACGCAUUGUCUCACCAGCUUCGGUUCAAGCGAUCCCUGGUGUCCAAGAUCCUCUCGGAUGACAUGGGCUACUACCAGCGACUUCUCCAGUACAGCAAGGAACACUUUAUGCUGUACCCGUAUCACCUGGCGGACGUGAUGGUGCUCAAGUGCAAGACAACGGCGUUCCAGUAUUACUUUGACAUCUUCUCUCAUAUGCUGGAAUCAGACCGAAGCUACGACGCGCUUCCCAACUUCACCGCCUCAGAUGGGCUGCAGAUCCUCGGCAUCGGCCGCAACGAAUACAUCGACCUCAUGACAAAAGUCAAGUCCGGCAAGCUCCCGCCAGAGAAGAUGGAGUACUGGUGGCGCGUCGGUGUUGGCCACGUCCUCGAGGCCGCAGUGCGGGAGCUAUCGCCGGCAGAAAAGGCGACAUUGGACCGCGUCAUCAACCGUGGACUCACACAAGUCGGAUCCCUGGAUAGGGACAUUGUCAUUCGGCUGUUCCAGAAGCAGCUGUUCUAUCUUGACGUGCCGAUUGAGGACGAUGCAUACAUUGUGGUGCCGCCGCUGGAAGGGUUUGUCAUGAACCGCGUGCUCGGCGACUAUCUCGAGACCCUCCUCUACCAGAUCUUUGUGUCUAUUGACCAGAACACGACGGUGAAGGAGAUGGCAGAGGUGCUUCAGAUUGACUUACAGCAGGUGAAGGACGCUGUGUCGAUGUACUGUCGUCUUGGAUUCGCACGGAAGAAAGUUCCGCCCGUCGCCCGGGAUGGCCUGCACAAGUCCUGGCUCAAAGUUCCUGGGCAGCACAAAGGAGAGGCGAUGGCUGCGAUAGCCUCGUCGUCGUCACUGGAGCGCCAACAGCCGGCAGAUGGGGCGCAGGGGCGGUCUCUGCUGGAGGAGAGCGAGGCAGCAACGCGCACACCACGCAUUGCGUUCCUCUUCGACUCCACGCUGGCGGCGUUCCUCAUGAUGGGAAACCUCAGUCCCGGUCUCAAGAAGCACGCUGUCACCCUGUUUGAGGCGGGCAAGCUGUCUGAUGAGACGGUGCUUGAACUCAUCUCUGAGCUUGAGUUGACCGAAACGCUGAUGGAUGGCGACGCGCGCGAAUAUUCCGAUCACGCCAUCGCCCUUCGUGAAACUCUCAAGGCCCUGAGGCGAAACCCAGCCCUGUUUGCUCAGCCCAACCGAUCGGACGAAGACACGAGCGACGGUGAUGACGACCAGCAAAACCAGCCACAGGAACAGCAGCGGGAGGAGGAACAGGAGGAGCUGGCGCUGAGUUGCGGUGCUGGUGUUGAUCUCGUGCGCUUUGAGAGCCUGGCGGCGCUCAACGAACAAACGCAGCGACGUGUGCUCGCCCGCAACUAUAUGGCGCUGGUGACAAUGACGCCUCUCAGCCCGGACGUGCGCUCCAUCACGGGCGCGCUGCAAAUGCCAAUUCUUGGUCCGCCUCGCUCCGAGUUUACAUCGCCGUGGUUCAAGCUCUUUCUCUACGCAAGCGUGUUGACGGGUCCAGAGUCACUGUUCAUCAUGGCGGGAACCGUGCUCAACCAAUUACCGAAAUCCUUGGCAAGAUACUCGACAGUUCUCCUCACCACGUGGAAGCAUGAGCCCACCGUCACGUCGACGGCGAGCCUGCUCAUCACACUCAACGACGCCCUUGCACAAGGCCCCGUGUUUGUGCAAGGUCUGGCCACACGUGCACAGGAGUGCCAACUCGUGCACGUUCCGUUUUCGCUGCCAACACGCGAACACAUGGACACCCUCGCAUCAUCAGCUUCAUCCGUGCCGGUCACGAGUGCCGCCCCCGCAGCACCAGCCAGCAGCGCCGAUGGCGACGCAUCCACCCCCAGCUCAAGACAGCAGCAGCAGCAGCAACAGCAGCAGCAGCAGCAGCAGCAGCAGCAACCUGAGAUGGCGCAAAACUUGAUUGACUUGGGCGGUUCAAGCAGUACGGAUGAUCACGAUGCGACAACUGCAGCGGCAACAACAGCAACCAAUGGCAGCGGGUCUGGUGAAGACACUGCCCAAGCCAGUUCUGCUGUCCCUGCUGAUACCGCCGCUGGCGUGGAUCUGUCAAACCUGCCUGACGGGUUUUCGCCGCUGCUGGUUGGCCGAACAGCGAUGCGUCGUGGAGAGGCCGUGUCCAUCACGGAGGAAGGCGCACAGCUGCUGGGGAGACGGGCACGAGCAACGUAUGCACGUGCGCUCACCCGCCCCUGGGGCCGUGGUGCCCAUGGUGCUGGUGCUGGUGGUGAUGGUGAUGGUGAUGGUGAUGGUGAUGGUGAUGGUGAUGUGGAUGCGGAGAAGACAGACAUGGCGCCAGCAACAGAGGCAAUGCCACUCGCAGCAACAUCAAACACGCCAGCAGUCUCAACAACAGCAGCCAACACAGCAGCGCCAUCGUCGUACGCAGACGUGAUGCAAGCAGUGUUGGAUUCGCGCGAGAUGAGGCACGUGCGCGAUCGUCUUCAUCUUCGCAGCCGCGUUGGAUACAUCACCCUCGUGAAGGUCACAGGCAGCGGUCUUGACAGCGGUGGCGCCGGUGUUGCUGGGCACGGUGGCGAUGAGGUGCAGGGUGGGAGCAACAAUGAAGAACCACGUGGGCGUGGUGAUAGCGUUGAUGCUGUAUCAGCCAGUGCCACUUGCUUUGCUGGGAGAAUCCAACAUGGUGACUCUGGCAGUGAUGGAGAUGACCAGGACAGCAGCAGCAGCGGCACAAGUGAUCAGCGGGAAGCGGUUGUGGCGAAACGAAGCAGUGAUCUCAUUACCCUCGAUGACAGUGCCGACAACACCAGCGGCGCCACACAGCAGCAAGUAGAACACGGUCAUGUAGGUGGUGGUGAUGGCGGCGAUUCGCUUGGAGACGUGCUGGCACGCGUAUCUGUUCCGCGGAAGAGCAGCAGCAACGCUUCCGCUGCUGUUGGUGGCGGCAGAAGUGGCAGACGUGGAGGUGACAGUGCUGGAUUGCGUCAUGGCGGGUACACCACGUAUCAUUUCCUCGGCGUCAACUUUGGUGUUCCGUUGUUUGAUGAGCAGCUCAACGCUGCGCUCUGUCUCGCCAUGGAAUCGCACGCCCUCCUCUCGCCGGCCAAUUUGAGCGCCAUCCGGGAAUCCCAACAGCAGAUGACAGAUGCUCUCCUCCACUUCAUUGCUGACCACAAGGGCUGCUUGGAGGACACGAAUCCCAACCAAGCGCAGCCCGCGCUGUGGCCGCUGCCAACAACACACCUGCACUUUGACGGCUCCCGUGUCACGCAACUCUCUCGCCUCUAGCCGGAUGUGUGUGUGUGUAUGUGUGUGUGUGUGUGUGUGUGUGUGUGUUGCACGGGCAUUGGCUCGUUGUCCCUGGCAAGGAAGGCACGAUUGGCAUCGUUCACAUCAGUUACUCAAUCCAACUUGUUCAUUUUGCGAGGAAGUAACGUUACACUCAAUUUAACAAGUCAACAAGGCAAA